GGGGGGGCGUUGGCCUAGUCGUGGCGUCACGGCCAGAUGUGGGCCGUGGGCACGCCCCCGACGAGGAGCGGCAGCGGGAGGCGAGCGGCUGUCAGCGCGCCAUGCGCGGCCCGGGCCGGCACAGCCGCUCUCCUCUCGCGCCCGCGACGAAACGCCGCCGGUAAUUCACGCUGCCAGCAACAAGCUGCCGCUGCCGGGAGCCGUCCGCUCGCCUUUUUCCUCUCCCACUGGACUUGGGCGCUUUUUUGGAUUUAGGGACGGGCUGGGCGUGAUCGUCGCAGAGUGCGGUUUUGAUGGCUGCUAGAUCAGACUUCACUUCUACUGAGAGAGCUUAAGAAAUAAAGAGAGGGGAAGGUCUGCUUGCCUAAUCUCUUAAAAAAAAAAAAAGAAGUGCUUUUUUCCGAUUUGGAUUUCUUUUAAAACUUAUGAAAAAUGGCAACAGCAGCGUAUGUGGAUCAUUUUGCAGCAGAGUGCCUUGUUUCUAUGUCCAGUCGUGCUAUUAUCCAUAGUCCCAAAGGGGAGCCUGAUCCCCAACCUGAUGCAGCAAUACCUCCUUCGUCAAAUGGAGAAGAUAAGUGGGAGGUCAGAGAGACUGGGAAAGACAAUGGAUCGUCAUUACUUGUGGUAGCUAGCAUUUUAGCAGAUCUGAACCAGCACGUCCCAAACUCACCCGCUCUCAAAAUGGAAAAAACAGAGACCUUUGAUAUCACAGAACAAAUACACAUUUCUAUCGCUCCUAAGGAGUUUGGGGAAGAAAGCGUGUCUUCGGCUGGUAAGCGUGGAGGAGGAAAAGCAGCCACACCUACUAGCCUGGCUGCAGUAACUGAGCCAAGCCCCAGACAAAAGAACAAACGCGGGAGAAGCUGGACUGACCCUGGAUCACCCCAGAAAAAGCACAAAUGCCACUAUGUGGGGUGUGAAAAAGUUUAUGGCAAAUCUUCCCAUCUUAAAGCUCAUCUAAGGACCCACACAGGUGAGCGGCCUUUUGAAUGCAGCUGGCAAGAAUGCAACAAGAAGUUUGCUCGCUCUGACGAGCUGGCCCGCCAUUACCGCACUCACACUGGAGAAAAGAAGUUCAGUUGCCCUCUCUGUGAGAAACGCUUCAUGCGCAGUGACCAUCUGACAAAGCAUGCCCGUCGCCAUGCCAAUUUCCACCCAAGCAUGCUCAAGAGGCGAAGUGGAAGCAAUUCAAGAACAGGGUCUGUCAGUGACUACAGCCGCUCAGAUGCCUCAAGUCCUACAAUUAGCCCUGCCAGUUCCCCAUAGACCUACCUGCACUGGAUGUCAGCACUUUGCUUCUAAUACUUAAUGUGGAGUUUUGUUUGUGUUGCACAUGUUUUAAAAACUCUGUCACUUCCCCUCCUCAAUUUGUCCCUGCCCCCUCACCUCUUUUUUUUUUUUUUAAAUCAGUAAAUAGCUGCCUCCCACUGCAAUUUUCAGUCAGAUUUUCUUUACCCAACCACACGAGUGGCCAUUCUAACCUCAUGGACAGAUGGAUUUACAUGUUCUACUUAGUGACUCCUGCUGUCUCAAUAUCCCAUAUAUUUUACAACCAUAACAUAUCCUCAUGAUUAUUCUUUAUAAGAAAAUGAGAAAAUCUAAAAAAGAAAAAAAAUUCACCUCAGGUGUCAAAGUAGUUUUGUAAGACCAGAUUGCACAACAUGAGUGUACAUACACUUAGAAAUCAACUGUGUUGGUUUGUGUCCCCCUUCUCCUUUCUCAGGGAUGGAUAUUUAUGUUACACAAUAACUACAGUGAAGACACACCCUAACCGCAGCCUUAUUAUGUAAAUAUAUUUGCACUCAGAAGCUUUUUGUUAGGUUCUUUCACACACUGGGGAAAAAAUAAAAAACAAUACAAAAACCAAACCAGUACUGGAAUAUAGUACCAGACUCUUCCAUUGUUUGUUUUCCUGGUUAUACAUCUACAUUUGGGAGCACCCAAACAGGAGUUUUCUUUCUUCAAACUGCCCUCUGCUUUUGGUAGCAAGUCACCUUUUUGCUUCAUGCUGAAGAUGCUCCAAAACCAACUAUUCCAAAAACCUUUGUGAAGUUGAUAAACUACUACUUUUUGUUUUAUAGCAGAUAAAAUUCUGAGAAAAAAUUCUUAACACGAUGCCUUAAGUAAAUAACCUAAAUCAUGAGGAAACACAUUUACACUGGGUAACAUUGUAUUGCAAAGUGGCAUGGAAUCUCAGAGGCGUUCUGUCUUCUCUCUCUCUCCAAGUCAUUAAGCUCUCUGCACUGCCUGCUCAGUAUGGGACCAACAGAAUACUCAAACCAAACCACAUUGACUUGAACAAUUUUCUUUAUCCUUUCCUUUUUUUUUUUUAAUGAACUAUGGAAAUAGCAUAACUGAACCAAUGCCCAUCAAAAUUUUUAUUGAGGUACUUACCUACUGUACAGCUGUAUGUUAGCAAGACAAAUUGCUUAAGACAGUCUCUGUAUCCUGUUGCAUCAAAGACAUGGUCUGAUAAAAGGAAGUGAAAAUCACAAGGUAUCUUCUGACUAGAAAAAUAAAUAUGCAUUUUUAAGCGUUACAAAAAAAUGGCAUUUUAGCUCAGCAGUCCUUCAAGUUUCUCAAAAAGACACAUACCAGCAUAAAGAAAGGAUCUCUCAUUUCUGAAUAACUGCCUAAAGACAGAAAGGGAAUCUUGGCUGUUUUUCAGUAAUUUUCAAAUAUUGGGCAUAAGAUAAAGCACUAGAAAGUAGAUCUUUAUGUUUUAUAUGGUAAAAAACAGCAAAAGACCAGAGCAUUGUGAUGUACUAGAGACUUCAGUAGCAGCACAUAUGCUUUCCUUGUUAUGGCUGGCUCUGAUGGUGCAUGUUAUAAAUUCAGGUCCGUUUGAUUCUGGAAUUUGGGGGAGUUUCUUGUUUUUACUGUAAAGUCUAAAUUCAGUUAAGUGUAGCAUGGUGAAAGAAAACUCUAUAUGCCAAACGUGCCAUUUGAUAUCAAAUUAAUGCAUCCGCAUUCCAAAUGAACUUGUAUCAUAAUUGCUGCUUUGCAUUGAUACAAUUUUGCAGGUUUUUUUGUACUGUAUAUUAACUGUGAGAGGCUAAUACAGAUUCCUGAGUUGUUUCAUGGGUACUUCCAUAAUAUUUACAUUAUUCCUAAUUAUAUAGUUGUAUGCAUCAAUACUUGCAGACGGUUAAAGUGCAGAUAUUUCAGUAUUUUCUCAUGUUCAUUUGCUUCAGAUUCCACCUCUAGAAAAUCACAUUUUCCCCUUCUGAAUUGGGAGUUGUGCUAGGCACAAUUCUACUGCCACAUUUACAAAAAAUGAAGUAACAUUGCAGUUUUGUUUUUUGCUGCAAGAAGACAAGCAUUGCUGAAUUUGUGUAGCAAGUUGCCUAACCACUGUAUAGUAGGGGAAAGCCAGAUAUGUUUACUUCCAUAGGUUUAUUUUCUUUUUUAAAAUCUCAUCUACUGAGAUAAAAAAUGGUGACAACUUUAUGCUAUUCAGGUAAGAGGAAUUCACAUUCCAAUCAUUUCUGUGACUGAUAAAAGUGUUCUUGUGCUGUAGUUAGGAAAGAGGCAAUUAAGAUACCCAGCUAAAGGAAUUUUACAGGUCAGCUGUACCUUGUGCACAUACUUCAAGUUAUAAGCACAUUUGUCAUUAUCAUUACACCUUAAUAGAGGGAUAAGGGAGUGGAGGGGACACUAAUAUCAGCAGCAAUCAUAGGUUUUGUGUUUUGUCCUCAGUUUGUUGUAAAAUCACCUUCUCCAGCAAGACCAUCAUUUAAUCUGUAGCAAGGGAAGAACCACUCCACUCCAUCCAUUUAGAGCAUAAUAUUCACCACGAAUCAGUAGAUACAUUACUUUUUUUUUUUUUUUAAAGCCUAGAGAAAGAAUAUUCCCACCAUGUUUUAUUAGUACUAGGAUUAUGGGGACAUAAAGAUUAUGCAAUAAGCUAUUCCGAGACAAGAACUAGUUAAUCUUUAACUGAAGCAGUAAACUAAAGCAUUUUAUGCAUUUUCCUCAUAGAGAUUACUAAUGAUUCUCCAAGGGUUUGUGGGGCAAAAACGAUUGGGUCAAAGCUGAAUUUCCAGUUCAGCCAGUUCAUCUAAUAAGAAGGCUGGGAGACUAUAUAUAAGCCAACAUAGCUAUGCUUUCAGGAAAUUCUCUGAAAUUUGCCUUUUUUAUUUUUUUUUGACAUAGCUGUAGGCACCUCAGAGUCUGUUAGGCUGACAGUCAAAUUAUCAAGUUUUAAAAUCCUACCUAGAGCUUCAGAUAUCUCCAUUAAAUGUUAAAUAAAUGAUUGCUCUAUGAUACAAAGAUGAAGUCUAAACCACUAAUAGUUUUCACGACUGAAUGUGAAGAAAACUUCUCUCAGCAUUCUGAUACGGUAAACUAGAGUUUGGGGGUUUCUAGCAUCUUCUGGGAAGCAGAAACAGCAGUAAGGUCAUAAGACUAUUCACAUGAUUGCUUCUCCUAAGUUUUGCAGAUAUGAGAAGUCUGAACAGCUCAGAUUAUAUUUUGAAAUCUGGUUACUUACCCAAACUAACAUUAGAUUUCUACCCUUUUGUUGGUUCGCCCAGCUGUGUGACCUAAUCCAAUCUUCUGGUGUAGCAGCAGACAUGACAUCUGCAGGAAAUAAUUGCUCUUGCAAGGUGCAAAUCUUUUCAUAGGCCUCCUAAUUUCCCCAUGUAAUCUGUUGAGGUGGGUCCCCACAAACUAUAGACUUGCUUUAUUUUUUUUUCCUUUUGAUUUCAGAGCACAGUAGCAGGUUUAUUAAUAUUAAGAAAGCUCUGAAAGUUUGCUUUUUUCAAGCCAUGAUUCUAGCUUCCUCUCAGAGUCGAGCUGAACUACCUUACUAUAGAAAAAGGGUGCAAAUUAAAGUCAUCGCCUCGCUACUAUCAUUCAAUUGAAACUAUAGAUGCUCACACUCUCUCCAAACUGUCAACUCAGAUCUUUGCAUUGGGUCAAGUUGUUAAUUGUAGUACGUGAACACAGGCAGAAAUGAAAGGUAUUAGUGUCCUCCAGAGUGCUAAUCAAUUUUUUACUGAUAUAAACUCAUUCACCCCUUCCAUUAACCUCAUCCUGCACAAAGGCCUGAAGUGCAUUAAUGGCCACAUGAAUUCCUCCUUCUUAGAAAGCAGUCCUGAAAUCUAGGCAGCUAGAUUUUAUUGUGAGAAUUGUUUGUAUCUGCAGAUUACUUGUUCCUUGCUUUUGUAAUAUAUGCAUGGUAUUUGUUUACAUUAAAUUACAUAACUGCAAAGGUAUAUAUUUAUAACAAAACAUCAGAAGUCUGUUUGAUGGUAACACCUAAUUCCUGUGCGUAUCCUACCCUCUGUACUGUAUUGAUAUUUGCAAUAACUUUGAGCUCUGUGAGCCCUCUGUACGUCUUUAAAACCUCAUUACCUUCUGUCCAGAAGUUCAGCGCUUUUCUUGUUUCUUGCAUCCAGACAGGAAAAGACUGUCUGCUGAGCUUACCUGUUUCUAGCUAUUCACAUUCAAACUGGUUGUUUGCAGUUCUUUGCCAUGAGUUCUAGGAAUUUUAGUGUGAAAUGCAUUAUUGUUUUGAGGAACAUGAUUUCUGAGGAAAGAUUAAGGAAAAUGAACUCUACAUAUUAAAGCUUGCCUAUCCCUUGCCAUUUGAUUUACUAAUUUCACCAGGUGAUGCCUACAGACUGACUUUCAGGUGCUCUUUUACUCCUUCACACCAUCUUUUUGUCCAUUGGGUGCUAACACACAGUCUAUAUCAGUGAAUGGUAUGAUGAACGUCUGUAUUUUUAACGUUUUGGGGGAUAAAGCUGUAGCCUUAGGCAGUAGAAAAUAACUGUUAUUCUUGUUUACCCCAUAAACCAGAAUACAGAAUGCAAAAACCCAUGCACUGUUAUAGGUUUUAUACAUAUAUGGAUUUAUAUAAGCAUAUGCACAUAUAUAUAAAAAUGUGUAUAUGUGUAUAUUGUAUAGUAUGUGUGUGUGUAUACAUAAAUAUACAGCAGUGUGCAUAUACUACACACAGAAUAACAAAGGGAUGUCUACAGAGCAAAACUAGGUAUCCGUUUCAUUAUAGCUAGAGAUGGGUCUGAACCACAAUCCUGGAUCCAAACACCAUUGCCUUUAGAAAGUUUGAAUCUGUUUUUUGAGAUUUGUGGUUUAGUUUCAUCUCUGGUUACAGUUGUAGUUACUUGUGUAUAUAUGCAUUCUGGGGGACGUGUGUGUGUGUGUGCGCGCACACAUGUGCUUAUUCACAUGUGUAUGCCUCUGUGAGUGACAAUAUUUGUGCAAAUGUGCACGUUUACGUACAUACUUUCAGCUUUGGUGAACUGUAAUGUUACUGGUGUCAUCUUCUCUUGGACAGUUUUAUCAACAGCACACGAAUGCUUUCAUGGUCGCUUUUCAACUCUAUAAAUCACUACAUUGAAGUAUUAUAGUUGUACAGUUAUAUGCUCAUCUAUUCUUGCUCUGCUGUAACUUUUUAUGUAUUUUGUACUGCAUAGGUUAUAUAUUGUGAUAAUGCCUAUACAACAGUAAAAAGGAAAAAAAGGAAAAA